GUGAUUUGCAACAAAACGACUCUCAGUUAUGAAUGAUCAGUUGAUGAAUAACUACAAUUCGAUUCACCAUGAAAACCAAAGUCGGCGACAUUGAAGAUUUGUUUAUUCAUUUAGAACGUAUUUUUUCCGUCGGAGGAAUAUGGCCUUUCAAACAAACAUACAUUCGUUUCGCAAUUUAUAUAUCAUAUUAUAUGGUGUAUCUCGUUAUGGCAUAUACUGAUCUUUAUGAUGUUUUUGGUAAUUUGGAGUUAAUGGUGAUGAAUCUCGUAGAAACUGUAGCGUAUACUAUGACAUUUAUGGCAGUAUGGCUGAUCCGUUGUAGUAAUUUAUUGAAGCACGUAAUUAAUGCCGUUAAAAAGGAUAUGAUGGAACGUAAGUUUGAAAAUUCUGAAGAAGAAAGGAUUUAUUAUAAUUACAAUUACACGUCCAAGAUUUUCACAUAUGGCUCGAUCGUCGGUAUGUUCAUUACGGUCAUGUUAUUGUACUUUAGACCGCUUUUAAUGAGUUUCUCAAGCAGCGAUCCAGCGGUACAUAACAAUACGGAAUCUUUUAUAUUACCCUAUAGGGUCCAUACAUUUUUUGAUAUCAGUAAUAAUUAUGCAUAUAUAUUAAUGUAUUUGUAUCUAUUUCCGAUGUUUUAUGCCUCUAUCUGUCACAUGGCGGCGAUUUGUUUAUUAGUUAUUUUAGUAUUUCACAUUUGUGGCGAACUAUCCAUUUUAUCGUACCGCAUCAAAAAUGUUAAAACCUACUCACAAGAUAUGAUAGUGAAUAGAAUUCGUAGUUUUGUUCGAAUACAUCUGAAGAUAAUAUGGAUGGCGAAAUCUGUAGAUAAUAUUUUCAAUUUAAUUCUUUUGGAUGAACUUCUUGGCAAUAGUGUUGUGUUAGCUAUCUCGAUGUACUAUGUCAUAACAAACUUGGAGAUUUCAGAAAUGGCGACCUGUUGCACUUUUAUAUUUUUCGCGAUUAUUGCGCUUGUUAUGCUUUUUGGAUACUGUUUAAUUGGUGACCAAUUGACUCAGCAGUGCAUAAAUGUUCAAGAUGCAUAUUACCAGUGCGACUGGUAUGAAAUGCCGCUCAGUUGCAAGAAAUGUUUGCUGAUAUGUAUGAUUCAUGGACAAGUUAUGCUAUACUUAACAGCUGCCAGAUUUUACAUAUUUUCCUUAAACAGUUUUACAGAUGUUAUCAAAACUUCUAUGGCAUAUUUGUCAAUGCUGCGAACUCUGUUAUGAAGAAUUAUAAAAAAGUUAUA